ACUGUUUCCAAAUCCUUUUAUGUCUAUUCUCUCUUGCUUUGAGAUUCUAUGCCUAAAAAUCUAACCAAUUUUGAUUUGUAUUCUAAUAGCUACAGAAGGUUAGAAAUCAGAUAGCUAGUCUGAUGUGAUCAGGUCUUGAAGAUUCAAUCAAACAGGAUGUGAAGCUUAUGAAUGAUAGCUUAGGUGACUGUACUGUUCCUGGUGUAAACACUUGCUGAAGGUCACAGUGGGAGAUGUUAAAAAUGAUCACCAGUAAUCACUGUGCUGUCAGUGGAUGGAGGGCAAGAGUUUGAAGAUUCAUGGCCUUGAUAGCUCCUUCCUGGUGCUCAUUUCCAUUAGACGGAAAAGUACCUCAUUCACGCCUGGGAGUAUCCACACCUUUCCCAUUGGCAAGGAUAUUGAGACGAGCAAUAACUUCUUCCUGGCCUUUUGGCUUGAGCUGUAUUUGAAAGGAAGUACAGGUGACACUACCGUAUGCCUUUCUUCAUAUGAGACACAACUUGAAAUAUUUUGAUAAAAUGAGAUGCUUGCGGAAACGAUCAGCAGUGUCAUUCUUAGGCGUCCUUGUCAUUUGCUUGCUGUUCAUGAACUUGUACAUUGAAGAUGGUUAUGUUUUGGAAGGGGACAAGCAAUUAAUCAGAGAAACAGCCACGCAUCAGCUCAACCCAGAGCGCUAUGCUCACACGUACAAAGAUUUGUCUAAUUUCUCAGGAUCUAUAAACAUUUCCUAUCGCUACCUAGCUGGCACGCCUUUGCCAAGGAGAAGGUAUCUUACAAUUGGGCUAUCUUCUGUGAAACGGAAAAAAGGAAACUACUUGCUUGAGACCAUCAAGUCCAUAUUUGAACAGUCAAGUUAUGAGGAACUUAAAGAAAUCACAGUGGUAGUACAGCUGGCAGAUUUUGAUUCAACCUGGUGUGAAGGGAUGGUCCAGGAUAUUUCACAGAAAUUUGCACAUCACAUAAUUGCAGGCAGACUAAUAGUUAUUCACGUCCCUGAGGAGUAUUAUCCAAUACUAGAUGGUCUCAAGAGAAAUUACAAUGACCCAGAAGACCGCGUGAAGUUUCGAUCCAAACAAAAUGUUGAUUAUGCUUUCCUGCUUAACUUCUGUGCUAAUCUUUCUGACUAUUAUGUGAUGCUAGAAGAUGACGUUCGUUGUUCAAAGAACUUUUUGACCACUGUUAAGAAAGUAAUUACCUCAAGAGAAGGAUCCUACUGGGUAACUUUGGAAUUCUCCAAACUGGGGUAUAUUGGAAAGCUUUACCAUUCCCAUGACCUCCCACGCCUGGCCCAUUUUUUGUUGAUGUUUUACCAAGAAAUGCCUUGCGAUUGGUUGUUGAUCCACUUUCGUGGGCUGUUAGCUCAAAAGGAAGUGAUACGUUUUAAGCCAUCGCUGUUCCAGCACAUGGGAUAUUAUUCAUCUUACAAAGGAGCUGAAAACAAACUAAAGGAUGAUGAUUUUGAAGAGGAAUCAUUUGAUAUCCCUGACAACCCACCUGCAAACUUGCACACCAACAUGAAUGUAUUUGAAAACUACGAAGCAAGCAAGGCUUACAGCAGCAUUGAUGAGUACUUCUGGGGCAAGCCUCCUUCUACGGGGGACUUUUAUGGGAUUGUAUUUGAAAAGCCUAUUAAAAUCAGUAAGAUUAAAGUUAUAACUGGAACUGAAGACCGGCAAAAUGACAUUUUGCAUCAUGGGGCCUUGGAAGUAGGAGAGAAGAUUGUAGGGAGUAAAAUAGGGAGAAAAUGUACUACGUACUUGAGACUAGGGGAAUUCAAAAAUGGGAAUUUUGAAAUGACAGAUGUAGAGCACAAAGUUCUGUUUGAUAUUAGCUGCAUGAGAAUUCUUGUUACCAAAAGUCAAAAAGAGUGGCUAAUCAUUAGGAGCAUUAGCAUCUGGACUUCUCAAACAUCAAGUCAGUAAAACGAAGCUACCUGAGAAAAUACACAUUAAAUGCAAUCAGCUGGGUCCCAACUGGUACCAUUUCCCAGAUAAACUGAUUUAUUUCCAACUCUUUCCUAGAGACACAGAAAAUCUGGGGAAACAAUGAAAUUAUCAAAGCAAUUUAUUUUUUACUAGUUUGGCCAGGCAAUAUACAAGCAUUUACUUGUUGAAAAUUUUGAAUUUUAUAGGAAAUGCAAAGUUCUGAAACUUUUCUUGAGAUCUUGAAUCCUCUUUUUUUUUUUUUUUUUUUUUAAUUGUAAUUUCUCUUUAUAGAGAGAUCUUCUGGACUGUUCAGAUCAAAACAAAACAUAAUUACCAAAAUGUUUAGAGCUAUGAUCACUACGUUGUGAACAGAAAUUGGAUUCCACCUUAUGCACAUUCAAAUUUAAAAUGUUAUGGUAGUAUGCGUUUGUAAAAUAGUUGGUGAUAUGUUUCUUUUAAAGGCAGUUAUGACAAGGAUGUCUGUCCUGAAACUGGCAAUUUCAUUCUGAGCACUGUAAGAAAAUAUUGUGGCUUGUCAUUGAAAAUUCUUUUCAAAAGGGAAUGUAUGUAAAAUUAUGAAUCUGACAUGAUUACUAUGUGAAAAAUAGAUAACUGCAUCUAUUAUUCUGUCUCAACAAAUAUUGUUUGUUCUUUUUCCUAGGUGAAAGAAAUACUACUAAUGUUUUUUAUUAGGGGAAUAAUUUAAUCUCAUUCAAAUAAAAUUCCUCAUAGUAAGAAAACAUUCUGUUUGAGUACAGAUGUCAGUAUCAAAUCCAGGCACCCCCAGGGCAAUCUUUGUCUCUUAGGCAUCUUAAGUUUCAUAACAUAUUUAAGUUUCAUAAUUUUCUGUUCCUUUAAUAGACGCAGAACUCCCUUAUGCACAUAGCUGCAGUAUUCCUCCUGAAAAUUUUUCCACCUUCCCUACUUACACAUCCAAUCUAUACAUGAUACAAACGUAGAGUGUACCAGGUUAAGCAAUUGGAAGUGAAUGCUACACCAUUCUUUACUGGCUGAUGUCUAGGCAACAGACCACAUGAAAAAUGAAGAUUCUUAAUUUA